AAAAUAACGGUACCAACUUGACAGUUCAAUCGAUUUUUUUUGCACGGAUCAGCUGUUUUGAAGUGUGAUGCACAAAUUAGAGCUCGAAUUCUUGAACUGGUUUUCUAUUCUUGAAAGUUUGUGUCAUGUCAUGUAAAUCGCGCAAAAAAUUUGUGACAAAUAUUAAUUAAUUGAAAUUUAAUAGUUAGAACCCGCGGACAUUGAACACCAAAAAACGCAAGAAACAGAAACGCGCGCAUGAUUAUUGUGAGCAUUAUUUUAAUGUCAUAGAGCCUGUGCUACGCAGAACGAAAACAUUCUCUGAACUUUUUUGUCAGCACCUCAAAUCAGUGUUUUAAUCGGCGAUUGCGUUUAACUAGAAGGCUUGACAUUGAAGGUAAAACGAAUUUUCAAAAAUGAAGUAGUUUUAGUUGCAAAAACCGCAGCUGGUGUAUCUUUCCGAACCGAAAUUGCGCACAGAGCGAUUGAAUACAUUUGGAUACUUUAUUGUAGCUGCUCAAGAAUGAGAAAUUUAGUUCCGGAUUUAAUUAUUUGCUUCAUUAUUAUAAUUUCAAUAACAAUAGUUCAGCUGGUUUCAAGAAUACUCCAUGAAACUCUUGGCGGCAAUCCAGCAAUUCCGUCAAUAUCGGAAGGAUCAGUGAAUCAACAUGAAGAACUAACGUUGUCUCAGCUUAUUGAUCAAAAAUCCAAAGAAUAUUCAUGGCUCAUUCGAUUAUCGAUCAACACAUUUGGUUACUUGUGCAUUCUCAUUCCUGGAUUUGUGAUUUACAAGUAUACCAGGAAAACGAAAUAUCUGGAACGAUCAGAUAAGUCCUUGAUAUCCAAUGCCAUCAGGUUCUGCUUCGGCUCUUCUGAAGGGGACCGUGGAAUCGACGGAAGAAAUUCAGACAAAGGAGCAGGAUCAAAAAAAUCAUCCGUCCAGGAAUGUUUCCUUUUACUUUACUGCCUGCUUGGCUUGAUGGGUUCUUACCUUACUUGGGGUGUUCUACAAGAAAAAAUCAUGACCCAAGAAUAUGAGAAUGCGGAAAAGAAAAAAGUGCAUUUCAAGGACUCGCAAUUUUUAGUUUUUACGAAUCGAGUUUUAGGAUUUAUGAUUACGGCUGUAUAUUUGACCGUGAAAAGGCAGCUAAGGCAACGUGCGCCGCUCUACAAGUAUUCUUACGCAUCAUUCUCGAACAUUAUGAGUGCAUGGUUUCAGUACGAGGCAUUGAAGUUUGUCAACUUUCCGACACAAGUCCUGGCAAAGUCGUGCAAAAUUAUUCCAGUAAUGAUAAUGGGCAAAAUAAUUUCACGUAACAAAUAUGAAUUCUACGAAUACAUAACUGCGAUUAUGAUAUCGGUUGGCAUGAUAUUCUUUUUGACGGGAUCAACAGAUGAAUCCAAAACAACGGCGAUCACCACCCUGACGGGGGUUUUAUUACUUACCUUCUACAUGGUCUUCGACAGCUUUACCUCCAACUGGCAAGGAGAACUGUUCAAAACAUACUCAAUGAGCUCGAUCCAGAUGAUGUGCGGGGUCAACCUCUUCAGCACUCUCUUCACGGCUGCAUCGCUGUACAUGCAGGGCGGCUUCUACAGCUCACUGCAGUUUGCUGCAGAACACCCGAAAUUCGUCCUGGACUGCAUCGUGCUUUCAAUAUCUUCAGCAAUUGGACAGCUCUUUAUUUUCUAUACAAUUGCCACCUUUGGAGCAGUGGUUUUUACCAUCAUUAUGACCCUGAGACAGGCUAUUGCCAUUCUGUUGUCUUGUUUGAUCUACAAGCACAGUAUUUCUUUCCUAGGCGUUGCUGGUGUGGUGAUUGUUUUCCUGGCCAUCUUCCUGAGGGUGUAUUGCAAUCAACGGCUAAAAGCUAUCAAACGGAGACAUGCUAGCGCCGAUACAGCUGCCGGCAAGCCACGACUUAACGUUUAAAAUAUACCAAAAUGCAAGUGGUGAGUUGGUUCGUACUUGAAAAUAUUUUAUCAGUUUAUUUUACUUUAGAUAGAUGUUUAAAGCAUCAAUAUGCUAUAGGAUUUUAUUGCAAAGAACAAAUGAUAGUGAUUAGUUUAAGAGAGUCGCGUAAAAAGGCUAUGUGUUUCUUUAGUAACUGUAUUCGAUUCCUUUGAAAUUGGAGAUCUCGCCAAUUAGCUGUGCCACGCGAUUGAAUGUUGCUUGAUCCGGAUUAUACGCAAACCUGUAUAUGACAGAAAUAAAUUAUCAGAAAACAUAA